UUUUUUUUUUUUUUUUAAACUCCGUGUUCCCACGGCUGUUCCUUCGCGAUAAAUCUGGUUCAUUUCACGCCCAAAUUCCAGCCGUUCAGUUCAGAUCUCUCCAGCUCUUGAUCUCUCGAUUCCUCGAGUUAACUAAGGUAUCGUGAGAUUUCUAUUAUCUGUUUGUUGGGUCGGUUUACAGUUAGGGUUUUCUAUCAUGGGGUUUUAGGGUCGAAUCUGUGUUUUUAGGUUCGUAACCUCUUGUUUUCGUCGGAAUUCGUGUUGUGGUUCGUGGGCUUAAUCCGAUAUUGAGAAAGUCCGAUGCUUGAUUGACGCCGAAAUCCGAAUCCAGUGUUCUGGGCUUAUGUUUUUGGCUUUCAUAGGGAGUUGUUAUGGGGUUUCGGGGAUCUGGGUGUUGAAAUUUAGUCGAAUAUAGAAUAAGAAUGGAGCCAGAAUCUCAGAAGAGGAAGCUGGAGGAGACCAGCCACGAAUCCCAAACGGCUCCAAUUCUUUGCGCUAAUAACUGCGGUUUCUUCGGUGGUCCGAACACGAACAACCUCUGCUCCAAGUGCUACAGAGAGUUUCUUCUCAAUCAAUCCAAAGCCAUAGAUGACAACACUGUUGUCGUUGGAAAAGAAAAGGGCAUUGAUCAAACUACUGGAAAAAAGCCCGAGAACAACGAACCACUAGGUUACCGAGAAACAGGUAGAAUUUGGGAAGGAGAGAAUUCUGAGAAGCCAAACAGGUGCAGCUUGUGUAGGAAGAGGGUAGGGCUGACUGGGUUCAAGUGCAGAUGCGGGCACACAUUCUGUUCGCAGCAUCGCUAUUCGGACAAGCACAACUGCGUGUUCGAUUACAAGAGCGCGGGACAAGACGCCAUUGCCAAGGCGAACCCUGUGGUGAAGGCCGACAAGGUCGACAAGAUAUGAACCAUUGGAGUGUAAGUGUGAAGGGUACUGCUAUGAUUUGUGAUUUCACAUAUUGGGGAAUAAGUCUGGUUUGUACAUAUCUGGUCUGGUUUAUGAUGAUGUUGUGUGACUGAUAUUUAUAUAUAUGUAGAAAACAAUUUGGAUUGGUGGUUGCUCCACAUUUAUA